GAUCGGGUGGACUGCAAGAUGGAUCUUGAAAAUGUCACCCGUGUUUGUUAUUUGCGAAAAUUGAUCUAUUCUCGCACUAUUUAUGCUCCAUAAUGUAUCGUUUUACUUUAUCACUAAAAGCUAGAAGACUGCCUGUUGCUGCAGGCGUUGUUGCUGCUUUUGGCUCGAUAUGGUUAACUUGCAAAGAUCAAUUAUAUUACAGCAACUCGUACGGUAGUUUGUUGUGGCAAUAUUUUGUCCCAAGCUUCCUUAAAACUGGCAGUGCCCCUAACAUACCGGGAAAGGAUUCCAGCAAUCCUCAGUCAUCUAGAAAGCUACCUCAUGUGGAAAUACGGAGAAAUGAAAAAUUUGUUCCUGUAAAUUUUGGUGUUGUUUCCCACUAUGAGAGCAACAAUUUGGCAUCAAAUGAACCCAUAGAAGACAGGAAUGCUGAAUACCGUGUUUUAGAUGGUUUAUUGUUUGGUGUUUUUGAUGGGCAUAGUGGAUGGCAAUGCGCAGAGGAGGUCAUGAAUAGGUUGCCUUUCUAUUUUGCGUUUUCACUUGCAUCCAAGCAUGGUAUACGUGAUCCAAAGGAACUUGACAAAAUCUUUUCUAGAGUUGGUCAGUUAGCAGGGACUCAAGUUGCAAGAACAAGUGCAAAGGAUAUUCUUGGGCCGAAAGCGCAUGAAUUUGUGGAAAACGGAAAUCUUGUCAAUACGGGCAUUGACCAGCAGUUGAGGAGUGCAUAUAGUUUACUUGAUAAUGAUAUUGUGUAUGAAGCUUUGCCUGAAGUGAAUGGUUAUGACCAUGAGAAAAUUAUGAAGGGUUUGUCUGGUGCUUGUGCUAUAACAGCCUACGUCCAGGGUAAUGAUUUGUAUGUUGCUAAUUCAGGUAAGAAACUGUAUGGUCAGCCCUACUGAUCUUAUUGUUGCAGUUACAUGAUCACCAGACAAUAUUUUGGCUUUGGAGAUUAAUUUCCUGUGCAAAAAAAUCUUUUGCAAUUUUGAAAAUCUGUGCAAAAUUCCUCAAAAUUGUAAAAAACUGCAAAUAAGUUGUGACGAAUCUACACAAAAUGCCUUUGUGAACCAAGAACAAAAGCAGAUUUCUGAUCUUCCUAUUUGACAAAAACACUUUCUGACUGCAGAAUCCCCUGGUCUGCCAUAAUUUUUUUUUGAUAAUAUCCGGGGUUUCUGUGCACUUUUCCCAAGCAAAACCAUUUGCUAUGCAAAAUGAAACUUCUCAAUCUGGCAUAACCCAUAAUCCUACUUUGUAGCCAAACAUCUUUUAUCUACCAAAAUUUGUUCCAACAUGUGAGUGAACAAUGGCUUGCGCUGUCAGGGUGUGACAAUUCAAAAUUUUUUGUCGUACCUGACUGGUACUCCAAUUAUGAUUAUUACCACAUACUUGAGCUGGUACACACUUAAGACUCAAGGUGUACUUAGGCGUAAAAAAAAAUACCUGUGGUUCCGGUUUCAUAUUGUGAAAAAAUUAGGGUCGGUAGGUCGGAAAUAAAUUUAUUUUUUUUUAAUAUUUUUUUCAUGGUUUUGGCGUUUUUUUUGCUGGGCGAUUUGCAGUAUUGUCCCGACAUCAGUAUUAACUAGAGAUGCGUAUUUCCUAUGGACGAAUUUAGGCAAUUUGGUUCAAUAAUUAGUGUGACAACAGACGCCAUUUUGGCACGCUGUAUGAGCAGCCCGCAACCACCUGGAGAAAAUAGGGUUGUACGGUCAAUCGCGUUGAAAAAAUAAUAGGGUCGGCAGAAAAAAAUAGGGUUGGUCGGGAACCGGAACCACAAGUAUUUUUUUUUAUGCCUUAGCCUUUAAAAUGAAGUACAUAAAGUAUAGAUGUCGGAAAGGUAUUAGUUCAGUAACCUGAAACCACAAUUUAGAACAAGAAGGACGACAACUGCAUACACAAACACUAUAAAAUUGACUCAUUCCUUAGGCUUAGUCCCAUCAGUCCAAUUAACAAAAUAUGCCGACUUUUUGCCUUUGUCAAGUUUGCUUAACAUUAGUUAUAUCCAAUUAAAUCUAUCCAAUAGGAACUGCUCAUUUAAACCUGUCAUGUGUAUUAAUAAAAUCAACAUUCAAGUCUGGAAAUUAUUUAUAGCAUACAUAUCAGAUUUGAUUGACAAGCAUAUCAAUUUCGACCAAUGGGAAUUUUGCAUUAUGUAGGCAACGCGUAUUUCGUUUCUUGAUGUGUUGUCGGCAGUCCCUCCUUUCUCCUGAGGGAUGCUCGUUGUCUACCCAUCGCUAGCCAACUGUUGAUUGCUACAAAUCCUCGAUAUAUUAAAUAUAUUGCUCAUAUUUUAUAUCCCUAGGAACGAGGCUGAUUUUUUAUGGGUGCAACUAAAAAACCAUUCCCCUCUACCCUAAAAAUUAGGAAAAAAGGAUGCUAACCAAGUUUUUUUUACUUGGCCUUAUUUUCUAUUUUUCUUGUAAAAUGGCAAAAAUAAUUAAAAUAUUCAUACAAAAAUGAUAGAAUGAUCAAUUUCUGAAAUAUAUAUUGUAAAUAUGUCAUAAUGUGCGUUUUAUAAGCUUCAUUUUAAUGUACAAUUCAACCUUGGAUGCAUGACUGGAUUUUGAUGGAAAGAGUGGGGGAUGUACUGUAGUGUACAUAUGUAUCAGUGUAUUAAUGAAUUAUGACUGUACGACUCAUCCAAUUUUGCCCUUCAUUACAAUUACUACAAAGUUUCUUUCAAAACAUUGCAUUUGCAAGGGUAUUUGACACUGAGGUGAAUGGCUAUUACUGUUUCAAUUUACAGAAAAACUUUCUUUACAACUAAAAAAGGUCAAAUUUUCAUUUUGAUCUAUGUGAAACUUCCCAAGGGGAGGUAACGUUGCGCACCUCCCCACACCUCCCCUCAAAAUCCAGCCAUGUUUGGAUGUUCAAUAAAUGUCAAUUUAACUAUAUAAUAUACGGCUGUUUGUUUGGCUGUUUUUACUGAUUGACUAGUAUGUACAGUAUUUAUCUUAGUCUUUUUUGUAGUUGAAAUGCGAUCAGUUCAGCAUUGAUUGACAAGCAAUUUAGAAUCAUUUUACAUGUUAAUCACCAGACACAUUUCCUUAAAUUACUUCGAACUAUCAGUGCCGGUAGAGACAAUAACAGAGAGUCACAGUAUAAAAAGUAUACAAAGGAAAAUAUAAGCAGAACUUUGGCAUUUCGAGCGAAGGCUCUUAAUCGAGAAGUUAGUCAAAACUCUUCGUCAGGAACUUAUUAUAUUAUUAUACUUAUUAUAUUAUUAUUAUUAUUAUUAUACUUAUUAUACUUAUUAUAUUAUCGUCGGGCCAUCAUGACAUUCAAAUGUAUGACUGGUGCACUAGCUGACAAACUAAUUUACGACGCGGGCAGACGUCUCGAAGCGAUCCACUAUCAAUUCUCGGAAUAUUAACAUUCCUUUAUUUAAAAGUAAGACUGGGCAACGAACAUUUAAUUAUCAGGUUGUUAGCCUCUGGAAUUCGUUGAACAAUGAUCUAAAACUUUGUACUUCUAUUUCAGGAUUUAAACGUUGUCUAAAGAAACAACUCUUGCAUGAGUUUCUCACUAAUUAGUCAUUGAAUUAAAAUAAGUCAGUUAAAUUUUUCUAGCUUUAGAACUUAGAAUUAAUUUUAUUUGUUAAUUAAUUAUCUCUGAAAAGCCCCAUUGGGGACGAGUUAAUAAAUUUGUAUUGUAUUGUAUUGUAUUGUAUUGUAUUGUAUUGUAUUGUAUUGUAUUGUAUUGUAUUGUAUUGUAUUGUAUUGUAUUGUAUUGUAAGUUAGUGACUUUCCGACGAAGGGCCUUUGACAAACUUCCGGAUGAAAGGCCAAAGUUGCUUGAAAUGUCGGAGUUUUGUAUCACACUGCAGCUGUCUUAAGUUACUUAGGACUACUGGGAUUGAUAAUCUCUGAGACAUUUUACUUAACAUAUGCAUACAUGAUGGUACUGUACUUAAUAUAAUGUUUUCUAUUACCAGGAGACUGUCGUGCAGUUCUUGGAUCUAAAACACCUGAUGGUGGAUGGCUUGCAACUCCUUUAUCACUGGAUCAAAAUGCACACAAUCAUGAUGAGACUGACCGCGUACAAUUGGAACAUCCUGGAGAGGAAUUUAUCAUCUGGAAUGGACGUCUGCUAGGUCAUCUCCAACCAUUUCGGGCUUUUGGUGAUGUCAUAUUCAAAUGGGAUUCCCAAUUGCAUAAGGAAUUUUUAAACAACAUUUAUGGCAGAGUCGUAAUGCCACCACAUGUGUAUCGUACCCCACCCUACCUCACUGCUGAACCUGUGGUAACACAUCACAGUUUGGAAUCUGAGGACAAGUUUCUAGUGAUUGCCACUGAUGGAUUGUGGGAUAUGAUGAGUAGCAACGCCGCGGUGCAGUGUGUUGGUGAACUGUUGGACAGUGGUGAUCUGUCACAUUAUGACCAGGAUGAGAAUGCUGUGCAGUUUAAUGGUGCAAGUCAGUUGAUUCAAGAAGCACUAGGUGGAGAUGAUGACAUAAAGGUUAACAAAUUGCUUAAUGCACCAAAACACAUCAGAAGGGCUGUUAGAGAUGAUAUCACUAUUACUGUUGUUUAUUUUACUGAAAGAUAGGGAAAUACGAUUCGUUUCACACUUGUUAAUCGCCAACCUUAUACCCAGUGUUUAAUUAAAGAUAGAAACAUGUGAUUCGGUAACAACUACUAUAAAUUAUGUAAAUCAGUAAAUGAUACUCUAAUAUAUUACGUUAUGAGCAGUACUUAUUAAAACAAUAAAUAGUCCACCGAGGCUUAUAAAUACUAGUUAAAAUAUGAGCCGCUGAUCUUUAUGGGCAUUGUUAAUUAAUUCAUAAAGUUCAGUUGCGAAUAUUUUAACGUACUUGUGAAAUGAUUUUAUUUGUUUUAUUACUUUAUUAGUAUUCACUGCCCAUGAGGACAAUCUCACGCUUCAUUAGCACGCACUUAAAUAACUUUCAUAAACAUUCCUCUAACAUGACUUACUGAUCUUUAAUGCGGUG